AUGUUCAACCGUCUCGUGUUCAAACCUUUGCUUGAGAUAUUGCUGAACGAUUCAAAGCCGUCCACGGACGUGCCCAACAAUGUGAAGGCACACGACCAGCCCUCAAAAAACGCCGGCAGCGAUGACGUAGCUGCCGCCUCUCCGCCAUUGAUCGAUGAUGCCAAAAUGCACGAAAUGGAGGCCCACCUUAUGAAACAACUGACAAGUGUCAUGUUGACCUCCCCCAGGAAUCUUUCUACUUUAACACCGUCUAAACCUCCCAAGAAAAGCAAGGAAGACUAUAAAUUUUGGAAGACGCAGCCGGUUCCUGAUCUGGGCGAAGAAAUCACAACAAAUGAGCCCGUUGAACCGGACACCCCGAUCAGUGAAAUUCGAACGGAACCUUACAGCCUCCCCAAGGGCUUCUUCUGGCAGGAUCUGGACUUGAACAACCCCGCUCAACUCCAGGAACUGUACGACCUCCUGAAUGAAAACUACGUUGAAGAUGAUGAUCACCUUUUCCGUUUCGCUUACGCCAAGGAAUUUCUUAAAUGGACCAUUCAACCGCCUGGUUGGCGCCCUGAGUGGCAUGUCAGUGUACGCGUCGAGAAGAACUCCAAACUGGUGGGAUUCAUUGCUGGUAUGCCGAGUGAUAUGGACGUCCACGGCACUGUGAAGAAGAUGGUCGAGAUCAACUUCCUGUGUGUUCACAAACGUUUGCGCGACAAACGCAUGGCUCCUGUACUCAUACGUGAGAUUACUCGUCGUGUCAACCUCCAAGGCAUCUUUCAGGCCGUCUACACCAGCGGCACUAUCCUCCCCCGGCCGGUCGCUACUUGCCGGUACUGGCAUCGACCUCUGAACCCUCGAAAGCUUCUGGAAGUUGGUUUUUCCCACCUUAGCCGAGCCAUGACUCUGCAGCGCUCCAUAAAACUUUACCGCCUACCGGAUGAGACCGACUUGCCAGGCUUCCGGGAAAUGCAGGAGAAGGACCUGCCCGCCACACACACUGUCUACUGCUACGUGGUUGUAUCGCCGGAGACGGGUGAGGUCACCGACAUGUGCUCGUUCUACUCUCUGCCCAGUUCCGUGAUGCAGAAUCAGAAGUACUCCUCCCUGCGUGCCGCCUACUCCUUCUACAACUUCUCCACCAAGACACCGUGGACGGUGUUGAUGAAACAAGCCCUUAUUAAGGCGAAGCAG